AUGGAUUUAUUAAAUAGAGGAUUAAAUUUCACAGUCAAACCACGCAAAGUCCCAAUUAUCGACAUCGUAGCUGACAUCGAAUCUGCCAUACAAUACAAACAGUACGACAUAAAAAAGUCAGUGAGGGACAAAGCUUUACCUCUUAUUAAAAAUACAUUGAAACAACAACAUCUUAACUCUACAGAUAACAAAAUGAACAACGCUCUUGAGAAACUUAAAAAACACAACACUUAUUUCAUGAAAUCUGACAAAGUCAAGAACACAUUUGACUUCGUUGACAAAGUAAAAAACAUAGAAAUUGAAGAUGAUGAAAUUAUGAUUUCAUUCGAUGUAACGGCCCUUUUUCCAUCGAUCCCUAUUAAUGAAGCAGUCGAAGCAAUCAGAAAUCAUUUACUUAAAUUUGAUCUACCACCAGAAAAAACAAAAACUUACAUUGAUUGCAUCAACAUUUGCAUGAAACACAAUUGUUUUCAAUUUCGGGACUCAUUUUAUUCAAACGACUUCGGAUGUAGUAUGGGAAACGGCCUCUCGCCAUAUGUCGCAGAAGCUUACAUGUGUAAAUUUGAAUCUGAUUUAAAAAAAGAAGGUAAACUACCACGUAUUUGGCACAGAUAUGUUGAUGAUACCUUUGCUGUAGUGAAGAAAUCAGAAGCUGAAAAAAUACUCGCCACAAUCAACAACAGAUUCCAUAGCAUUAAAUUCACUUUCGAGAAAGAGGAUGACACCCUUCACACUUUGCCCUUUCUCGACCUUGAAAUCAAGAGAAAAGGGAAAAACGUUGAGUUCAGUGUCUACAGAAAACCCACAUCCACAGAUCGAUACAUAACAAAUGAUUCAUAUUGCGCCUAUAAUCAAAAAAUUGCAGCCUUCCAUUCAAUGGUUUACAGAUUAUGCCGUCUACCUUUAUCAGUUGAAAGCUACAUGAAAGAAUACCAACAAAUACUUCAUAUAGCUGAUGUGAACGGCUACGAUAAAUUAGUCAUAGACCAUUUGAUCAAAAAACACUCGAAGAAGUUAAAGCUCAGCAACAUCAGUACGUUAUUUGACCAAAACACAAGUUCAAAUAAACACCGCGUCACUUUACCCUUCACCCCGAAUAUCACCAACAAGCUAAUACAUGUCUUUGCUAAAUCAGAAAUGAGCAUUACAACAUACCAACUAAUCGAUGCAGCGGCAUUUACCAAAUCUCUUGCUCUAACUGCAACAAAAAAUACAUUGGACAAACAAGAAGAGCUGCAGAGGUUAGAUUCAACGAACACCAUCGAUCCGUAA